CGUCGUCAAAUCAGUGUGAUCUGAAAGGCGAGCGUUAAAGUGUCGAUAAAGAGAGAGAAGUUCCAAAAGCAAUUCAACACUUCGAAAUGAUGGUGAUACAAAACAAACAGAAGAUCUCGGUGCCUGAGUAUCUAAACGAACAGUUUUUCACUGAGACACUAGAGGAGGGGCUAAGAGAGUCGAAAGUGACUUUGAAAGAAAUAAACUUUGAGUGGGGCAGCAACCCGGGGGACAACUACUGCUCGGCUAUCUAUCGGGUCGGUCUCACGUUCGCAAAGUGGGCUGAUGGGAAGGAAUCCUUAGCAACCGAACAACUCUCCCUGAUUGUGAAGACGAUUCCUAUCACUGAAGCUACCCAGUUUCUGGAGGACGUCAGUGUGUUUACUAAGGAAAAGCAGACCUACACCGAUGUCUUGCCCCGUUUGGAUAUCCUGAGCGGGGGAGACAAAUUUGGAGCAAAAUACUAUCACUCCGUAAAGACUCCGGUGCAGACAAUCGUGUUUAGCGAUCUUAAAGUCGAGGGAUACAAAGUUGCCUCUCGGGAAGCAGGCCUGGACUGGGAUCACGCCUCCCUUGUUCUCCAGCAGUUGGGCAAGUUCCAUGCCACAUCCAUGGUGCUGGCCAAAAGGGAUCCUGCCAUUGUAAAGCAGUACACCCGCGGUAUGUUAAGCGAGGAGAUCUUGAUGAAAAGUGAUACUUUUGAGCAAAUGUUUGGCGGCUUCCUCAAGGGCCUAAUCAAGAGUUCAGCUGGUUGGCCCGGUUUUGAAAAGAUAAGCAAAAACCUACAGCGCCUUUUGGACAACUUUCGGUCCGUAUGCGUCGCUGCAGCCAAGCCAAAGAAGGGAGAUCGAUACGUAGUGCUUAACCACGGGGACAUGUGGACGAACAACUUUAUGUACGCCUACGGGAACGCGUUGCAGCCUAAGGUUCCCACACAGGCCAUCUUUGUGGACUUUCAGCUGAGCUUUUAUGGCAGUCCGGCAUGCGACCUGAACUUUUUUUUGAACACCAGCAUUAAGCUUGAGGUGCUCCAGAAACGCCGCGAGGAGCUAAUAAAGUUGUAUUACGCGGCCUUCAAGGACGCUCUUGAGUACGCUCGCUUUGAUGGUAUUCCAACCUACGAGGACCUGCAGUAUGAGCUGCGCAGUCGCGAGACCUACGGGCUUUUUGGAUUAUUCGCUUUCCUACCUAUGGUCACCAUGCCUAAGGAACUCGCCCAAGACAAUAGCAUAGAAAACAUGCAGGACGAGGCUUUUAAGAACCGCAAGAUGGACGCCAUUUUUUCGCAGAAGUUUCUCAACGACUAUCAAAAGUGGGCCUUACAGCGUGCGGAUUCUCUUGGCGUCUUCGGGGACUAUUAAACCCCGGCUCGGGGAAGACCUCUCUUACAUUUGUGAUAUAAAUACGGUCAUCUCCAAGGCAUGCAAAGUUUAACUUUUGAGUCUAGGUGUUAUUGAAAAAAAUCGAUAUGUAUUGUCCGAAAGCUCGCUCCGGCCAAAUUGCUGACACAGCGUCUGGCCGGAAGAUCGUGCAUAGCCGGCAAGCACUACCCAUUGGAGUGGCCGCUAUGAGUCCCUUUUUAUGUUAGCUUUAAGUUCAGUUCAUUUUUAUAUCUCAAUAAAGACAGAGCCAUCGCUCUUUGAUAUGAA